GAAAUCAUUCGUCUGCGGCUCCGCUAGAAGUUGAACUUGAACUUGGUUGAAGGUGGUGCCACUGCACUGGCAGCACCAUGCAAUGCCAUGGCACAUGUGGAACUUUAUGCACACAACGAAGUCAUGCGGAUUCCUUCAUGAGGAGUGCUUUGAAUUCAUUUCUGAAGACGACUUCCAGCGAUGGCGUUGAAUGCAAGGCAUCAUGCUGGGCUCCGGGUGCUCGGAGGAAUGCAAUGGUGGCAGCCACUGGCAGAACUUUUGAACGACACUCUUGGCAUCGCUCCAGAAGUGCUGAGAAAAGCGCCACCGCUAGUCGCGGUGCCCUCCCUGCCUUAUAAUCAUCAGGAAGUGAAUGGUGUAGCGUGUAGAAAGGUGGUUGACUGUCUGCUCUCGGGAAAGAGUGACUUCAACAUUUUCAGACCAGGUGGUUUGGCGUCAGGCGCACUUCGCAGGGAACUCAACGUUGCAGCUGCCAGUUUGGCUAUCAGACAAUUGAGCACAUCAGCUGGUGGUGCGCAACCAGCAGAACCUAGCACAGAGGCUAACAGAACGGUCUUUCAUCAAAACGAUGUCACCACGUCAGAUGUCGAGACUUUGCUGGCAGAGACAAGUGCCAGCGGAGUCCAGCAACCAGAACAUACGGGCGGCAGCCAAAGCUUGCAUAACACCACUUCAUCGUUCGCAGAAGUAGCAUCAAGUAGUCAUACUGAUGAUGGAGAGACUCCAAGGGACAACGAAGAUGAAGUUGGGAGCGUCUCCGCAGAUGAACGGGCAACUAGUGCUUUGGAUGAGGGAAAGGAAGAGGAGGAGAAGUCGGAACGCAAGUUAGCGGAGGUGGCUAAUGAACAGGGAGGCCUUCUACCUGCUGGAAAACGACAGGAGAAAGAUCCGGAUCCAGAGCGAGAAUAUUAUCAUGUGUUGGAGCUUGAAGAGACCAUGAAGAUACUUGAAUCGUUAAGAGGUCAGGAUAUCGAGGUUAUGCACGUGAGGGAGAAGUGCAACUUCACGGACUACAUGGUGGUUGUCACCGGACGGUCCGAACGGCACAUACGGGGCAUGGCGGAAGCAGUCGUCCGAGAGUUAAGUCGAAAAUGCCAAGAGGUCAUGGACGGCUUGACUCCGGCUGUGGAGGGAGAGCCCGGACAAAAUUGGCUACUGGUUGAUGCAGGGAAUAUCAUUGUACAUUUUUUCACCGAGGAUGAGCGGCAAUACUACAGAUUGGAGGAGCUUUGGGGUGGGAAAACACCGAAGAAGAAACAAUACGGUCCGUAUGGCGAAGUGCUUGAAUAAAGAGCAGACACACAGGUUGGCAUUUGUGCAUGCUCGAGCCAAUUCGUAUGACUGUGACGUUCUUAAAAGACAAGAAUCACAAGGUCUAUCAUUCAUUGGUCAGUAUGCAGUAGCUGAGGACAUUCUUCCAUUCAGUCCGCGGCGUGAACGAUGACGUGUGCCCUUUCCUUGGCCGAUCACUUUGCAAAUUUCAAGACGCGAAGUAUCGCAAGUUGGGAG